GUAAAUUUUCCCUUUAUUGUUUCCCCUUUAAAAAAUAACAUUAAAUUCCAUCAAAUUUGAACACACACAAAAAAAAACCGACUUUUCUUUUCUUUUCAUCUUCCCUCUUAUUCAAUAUUUUCUGCUGAUCUAAAAAAUCAAUUCAAUUCAACUCCAAUUGACUUUCUCUCUCCUCUUUCUUCCACUUUCUCUCUCUUCCAUGCAAAAAUCUUCUGCCAUGGAUGUACAAGUCAAGCAAGAAUACGAAGUUCUCUUCCAACGAAUGCGAGACAGAGCCGUCAAUGCUGCUACUCCUUCCUCGGCGCCUGCUCCCGUCAUUGAUCUCAGCGAUGACGAUGACGCCGGCGAUGUUGGUGCCGAGAAAAGAGCUUUGAGUUCCUCUAAUGACGGUUUUCCGGCGAAAAAGCAGAAGGUUGGUGAUGGUUCUCUUCCGCCGGGGUUUCUCGAUCCCAUUCCGCCGUUGCCGGAGUCUUCUUUGCUACUUCCGCCGCCGUUAGCGGCGGUUCCGGUGAGCUCGCAGGGGAAUAAGCAGUUUUGGAAGGCGGGUGAUUAUGAGGGUGCUCCUUGUGCUAAGUGGGAUAAUAAUACAGGUGGAAUGGAUCAUGUUAGGGUUCACCCCAAGUUUCUGCAUUCUAAUGCCACAAGUCAUAAGUGGGCUCUUGGAGCUUUUGCGGAGCUGUUGGACAAUUCAUUGGAUGAGGUCUGCAAUGGAGCAACAUUUGUCAACGUAGAUAUGCUUAUAAACAAGAAAGAUGGGAAUCAAAUGUUGCUGAUUGAAGAUAAUGGUGGUGGGAUGGAUCCUGAUAAAAUGCGUCAAUGUAUGUCCUUGGGGUACUCUGCAAAGAGCAAAUUGGCGAAUACAAUUGGGCAAUAUGGCAAUGGUUUCAAGACAAGUACUAUGAGGCUUGGAGCUGAUGUUAUUGUCUUCUCACGCAGCUGUGGAAAAGAUGGUAAAAGCAUCACACAAAGCAUUGGGUUGCUGUCGUACACAUUUUUGAGAAGCACAGGAAAGGAAGACAUCGUAGUUCCCAUUCUUGACUAUGAAAUGAGAGAGAGGGAAUGGCAGAAGAUGAUGCGGUCCUCUGCUGAUGAUUGGACAAGAAAUGUUGAUACAAUGAUAAACUGGUCACCGUAUUCAAGUGAAACUGAACUCCUCCAACAGUUUAAUUUAAUGAAAGACCAUGGUACACGUAUAAUCAUAUACAACCUCUGGGAGGAUGAUCAAGGACUACUGGAACUUGACUUCAACUCUGAUCCACAUGAUAUUCAAAUUAGGGGUGUCAACAGAGAUGAGAAGAGCGUAGAAAUGGCAAAGGAAUACCCAAAUUCUAAACAUUUUUUGACUUACAGGCACUCAUUAAGGAGUUAUGCAUCAAUUCUAUAUCUCAGACUUCCACCAAGAUACCGCAUGAUUAUCCGAGGAAAAGAUGUUGAGCACCACAACGUAGUGAACGACAUGAUGAUGAGCCAGGAGGUUACGUACCGUCCCCAGCCUGGUGCUGAUGGUGUUCCUAGGAAUGCAGAUAUGGUUGCUAUUGUCACUAUUGGAUUUGUAAAAGACGCAACUGCUCAUAUUGAUGUUCAAGGAUUUAAUGUUUAUCAUAAGAAUCGUCUAAUAAAGCCUUUCUGGAGGGUCUGGAGUGCUGCUGGAAGUGAUGGCCGAGGUGUCAUAGGUGUGCUAGAAGCAAACUUUGUUGAGCCAGCUCAUGAUAAGCAGGGGUUUGAGCGCACUACAGUUCUUGCCAGACUGGAAAAUAAACUGGUGCAAAUGCAGAAAAACUAUUGGCGAACUUACUGUCAUAAGAUUGGCUAUGCACCUAGAAUCAACAAGAAACAAAUAGAAGCUGGAGAAAGAGACUCUUCUCCUGAUUACACUCCAUCGUCAUCACGUGCUAAAAGCAAAGGGAGAGGCGUGGAUUAUGAUAAGCUAUAUUCCCCUCGUACAUCUGACAAGCAUGGAGGGAAUACAGUGGGAAAAUAUAACAAAUAUGGAAAUGGUCAUACAUCUGACAAGACUGGAGAGAAAACAGCGACAAAACAUAUAUCAGUGAAUGAGAAAUAUGGAAAUGGGCAAUCAUCUGAUAAAAAUGCAGAGAAAACUUCGGGAAAACAUGUAUCAGUGAAUGAGAAAUAUGGUAAUGCCCGCACUGCCAGAGAUAGAGAAAGUUCUGAAGAGCCAUCAUCACCGUCUUUGGAAGAUACUUCUGAAAAUUAUGAGCUACCUAGGGUUUUAAGGAAGAGAGUUAAUGAAACUAGUCAUUCAACAUUGAAGACUCCUGAAACUAGUCCUUCGACAUUGAAGACUCCUGAAACUAGUCCUUCAACAUUGAAGACUCCUGUCAAAGACCAGUCGGACAAAGACCAGACAGGAAAAGCUUUUCCUUCCAGAACAACGAGCUGUGCAGUACAACAGGAAAAAAGUGCUAAUGGUGCUAUGGAUACCACAUCUUCCUCUGAUUUGCAUGUUUUGGUUCAGUCAGAAGAGGAGAAAGAAAGAUUGCAAGCUUUGGAUAUGCUGAAGGAGGAGAAUCGUAUAUUGAAAGAGAAGUUGCAAGUUUUGGAUGAGUUGAAAGAGGAGAAUCGUGUAUUGAAAGGAAGGUUGGAGGAAAACAAUGGGGAGAAGCUGAAUGCUUUGCAACGUGACUUGCAAUUUGAAAGAGGCAAAUGCAAAUCACUUGAGACAAAGCUCCAUGAAGCGGAAUGUAAAAUUGAGGAGCUCAACAAGGAGCAGGAGAGUCUAAUUGACAUUUUCUCAGAGGAGAGAGACAGACGAGAUGUUGAGGAGGAAAAUCUGAGAAAAAGACUAAGGGAUGCAUCCAACACAAUUGAAGAGUUGCGCGGGAGAGUGAUGCAACUUGACAACCUGAAUUCGUCUAAUGGAAGGCGUUAGUGUAUAGGCUGCAAUCACGCAAUAGCGUGAGGGAGCUGUAGAUAUGUCCUUGUUGCAACCUUUAUUCAGCAAUGGCAGUGUACAUGGUGGGACUUAGAAGAUAUGUGUAUCACUAAUCAUCUGGCAUGUAAAUUUUAGUAGAGUAUAUCAGCGUCAUUCUUUGUUGUUCUUGCUUACAAACUUGUUCAAGUGUGGUAUUAGGUGGGCAAGUGCCUGAGUUGGGAGGUUUUGUAGGCUUGUAUUAUACGAGUCCUUUUUUUCUAUUUGGCAGUGUGAAAGGAAGUACUGGGCAGGGACAGCUCUUCUCUAGCACAGCUGCAUGCCUUGGGCAUCAGCAAAACUGAUAAUUCAGUGAAACCACGAUCAUUGUUAUCUGUAGUUAUAACACCCAGAAGAUAGUCUCUACACCAUCUACCAGUUACUGUCUGCUUCUUUUCAAACUCUGGACUGGACUCCUAAGUUUUGGAUUUUCAACUGAACCAAAGAAACAAAGGAUUCGAAUCUGUGGAGAGAGCUGAGGCCAUUCACUUAAAUGGUGACUUUGUAUUGCAUCGAUCCUUUAGGAUUGAAUAGCGCACUAAUCCUUUGCUCAUAGAAAGGUGAAUAAUUAUACUGAAUGUAUGGAACUGUAAUUGGAUAAAUUCCAAUAAUGUUAGUCUUGAUGAAUGACAGAAAUUUUCCAGAAGAACGUGUUAGGAAUAACUUGAUAACUUGAUGAUUGACAUUGUUACGCACGUAGAUGGGCAAUAAGAAUAUCUUCAGAGUCCUUUGAUGUUUUAUUUUA